AUGGAUUCUCAACACUGGCAGCAGCUGCCACAGCAGCAGGUACAGGCUCCACCACGCCCGGCUCCAGCUGUUGUUGCGUCUGCACUUGCAAUGGGAGGAGUCCCCAUGAAGGGCGUGAUUCUCGCGAACAGAAAGACAAUAUUCCACAAGACACGCGUGUGCCCCCGCCUCGGCCUGGGAGCGUGUCACUUGGGCAGCAAGUGCAACUUUGCACAUUCCCUGGAGGAGCUGCGUCCUGCUCCCAAUCUCGAUAAAACCAAGCUAUGCCCGUCUGUCCUCCACCCGGGCAUUGUCUGCCCUGCCAAAGCUAGAGGGGAAGUCUGCCGAUUUGCCCACAACAACUCGGAAAUACGACACACUUCGAAUAUGUUCAAAACAAACAUGUGUCUUAAAUGGAUCCGUGGGAAGUGCAAGAAGGACGCGCAGUGCAGUCAUGCUCAUGGACACCAGGAAUUAAAGUAUUAUAGGUCCCUUGCAAUGGCGAGCGGAUCUCGCGACUUUGCGCGUGAGAGCGAAGCCACGUUUUCCAGGAGGAGGAAGCAGAACGGUUCGGUCGGUCCAUCAGCUGCUCCUCCCCUUGCUGGUCUGACAGACAUCCUCUACUCACCUCAGCAGCAGCAGAAGCAAUUAACCGAUAGCUACAGGCAAGCGGAUAGCUCCAGUAGCAGUAUCCGCCACGAGACGCUGUACUCCCUCUUGACUCGUAAUGCUAGUACAUCCGAACAGCUUUCGAAAAGCAGCUGCCCUUCGGUCGACGUCGCGCUCGCAGCUCUUUACGAGGAGUUGCUGAGAUGCAAGGCCAAAGGAGAGGGUUUUGGGGGCUCUAGGGGAGGCAUGGGAGCCUCCCUCAAUGACGAUAGCACAACUGCAGCUGACGAAUGCUCAGAUUUUUCUUCCUUCUCAUCACGGUGCCUGACGGACGCUCUGCGUUCAACUUCGUCCACAGUCGGCACCUGCGGGGGGCGCAUGAAUUCCCCCGAGGUUGAGGCGGUGCUCGCUUCUCCCGCUUCUGCACCUACAUGCCCAGGGGCAUCAGUAAACAAUAGUAACGACCUUUCUUUAGGUAUGGAUCAGUUGGUGCUGCUGAAGGCUCUUGCAGAACGAGGAGCACUUGUGAGGGGGGCGGCCGAACGACAGGCGGAAACGCAGCAGGGGCCUGACAUGUCCAGAGCUGCUGUUUCUAUGAGGAUGGGAAACUCGUCAGGUGUUGCUCAAUCCAAGAGUUCUGGGCUAGAGGAGGCCCUUGGCAGCAGUCUUGCGAGGCUUUGCCUGGGAGACUUGGACGUUAGGCAGCACUGCUAUGCAGAUCCUCCUCCAGGGUUUGAGCGGGAGCUCCGCCAACAGCAGCAGCAGGCGGUUGUGGAUUUGGAUCGUCUUGCUUCAGCCAGUGGUUUUGAUUGA